AUGAUGAUGGAUGAUGGUGUAGAGUCAACCCAACAACAACAGCAACAAACGUGUUGCCAAGCAUGUCAUCAACCAUGUAUUGGAAUUGACCCAAUUCGUAUUCGUGGUGAGCCGUAUCAUCCAACAUGCCUUGUUUGCGAGGAUUGUUUGAUACCAGUGGGAUCCAAUGUUUAUGCAUUAACUAUCAAGCGCAAUGACAACGGCAUCUAUCAGCAGCACGUGAUGAUCCUUUGUGAACAGCAUUAUUACACACAUCUCGGAUUGAUAUGCAGGCAGUGUCAUGAGCCCAUUCUCGAGCCCGUUGACCCAAGAUUUAUGUAUCAUCCUCAAUGCUUGCAGUGCCCAGAUUGUAUCACCCAUGACGCUGCAUCAUCCUUUGAAUACAAUGGCCAAGUCUAUUGCCGAUACCAUUUUUCCCUUAAUGAUGAUACCCAUUGUGCUGGAUGCAACAUGGCUAUCCUCAAGCAAUUCGUCGAGCAACAAAAUGAGCCGAGAAAACGAUGGCAUUUGACAUGUUACAUGAUACAAAAGUCAUGGGAUGUCCGAUUAGCAGACUUUACAGUGGCUAGUUGUGAUUAUCAAUUAGUGGCGCCUCAUGAGCUUAAAGAACAACAACUAUCACUUGAAAGAAUGUUAGAUCGCAUUUGGACUGAUCUUUCAGCUUUUGAAGAAUCGGCAGCUGCAUGUAUUUCGGACAUGCUACUCAAUUUUGCAGCAGGUGCUACGGUGGAAUCUUUGCGCAUGGUCAGCCAAUUCGUAUCCCACGUACAAGUUUUAUUUGCCGCCUUGGAUGCCCUUGAUACCACCUCACUCGAUAUUGAAAUCCAUAAUAGCAGCAGUAUUUCUUGCGCAAGCGAAUCGAAAUCCAUUUCAACAUACAUUAUCCAGCUACUUCAAUUAUUGGCUUCUGGGGCAGUACCAUACAACACGAAGGAAUCGAAACAGCAACAACAUGGUGGCAAUAACAACAACGUGAUGGUAGCACAAGAGGUGCUUACCCUUGUCACUGGUAUGGCCCAGAGUCUUAAAGCACUCAUUCGCAUCGGCUUAGUGGAGUCAUUACAGCUGGAAAGUCAUCAUUCGGGCACAGUAUUCCGAUUUCUGCAGGCUUUGCUUCCGCUUGAGAAGAAACGAGUGUGGAUGGCAGGGCGUUACUGGUUCAAGGAUGAGCCUAUUCCACUUGCUUCUGAACAAACCAUCACAGCAGUCGAUCAAUGCCAAUAUUGCAAAUCAAUCAUUGAAGAUGAAUGCUUGAGACGAGGACCACUCAAAUGGCACCUUUCAUGCUUUACAUGCACUAUAUGCGAUACAUCACUCGCUUCUAAGCUAUCCAAUGCAUGCCUUGUACAAUCCACCCAAGACGACAAAACCAUGUCUACCAUUCUUGUGUGCAAUGAGUGUUAUACAAAGCAGCAGCAACAACAACAACAGCAGCAGCAGCAUGAGGAAAAACAACAACAUCAACUAGAUGAUAAAGUAAUGGAUGCUGGUCAUCCCAAAGCCAACACUAUACCGGUUGCACCAACAAACCAAGCACAUUUAUUUAUUCAUACGAGUCGGCUUGAACAACAUCUUGAUUUGGUACGAUCUUCGCUGACACAAUACUUUUACAUGAUUGCAGGCAGGGUGCCAGGAGCGGUAGGAGGUGGAGGUGGUGGCGGUAUUACAAGAGUAUCAGCAGCAGCAGCAGCAGCUAAAGUUACCAGCCAAGUUGGAGCGCAUCACCAUGACGAAAUAAAUGUAGACGCAAAAAAAAGCAAACGCACGUCCUCUUUUUUGCACCUGAUUGAUCGACACCGAGUGGCAUCCUCCCCCACCAUGAAGCGAUCUAUCACAUUAUUCGAUAAAACACCUUUCCAUCGUCGUUUUGGAAACAACAUAAGGCGAGCUUUAAGCACAGAGUACAAGGAUCAGCAACAACAACAUCGAUCACCUUAUAGCAACUUGAUUUUUGAUCGACGAAAACGGGCUGCAACGGCGGAUGCAGUGAUUGUCUCCGAUACUACAUGUGAUGAGCAACAACAAUACCAUCAUGCUCAAGAGGAAAUCAACGUUGCUUUCCUUGUUGACUUGAACGAAGGACAAGAUGUCUUGAUGAGGUAUCUUGCAGUGGUACAUCUUCACCAGCUAUUGAAUGAGCAUUAUCGGUUGAAUGAUCUGGUAUCACUCAUCCUAUCCGAUACACCUCGACAAUCCCUUUGGAGGAAAUUAAAAGGACGAGUUACGGUUGCUACCAGCAAGCAUCAACAAGCAUCAUUCAAUGGCCCACCAUGUAAUAACAAGAUUUUUGGUGUGCCAUUAAUCACAUUGGUAGAAAGAACAAGGACAACUCGACAAGCUCAAUUUGAAGGAGAACGUAUCCCGCCAAUGAUGGCACGCUACUUGACGCCGAACACAUGUGUUCCCGAAUUUGUGCAAACUUGCAUUUUCACGUUACUCGGCAUGGAUAUGUCGGUCGAAGGCGUGUUUCGGAAGAACGGCAACAUCCGUGACCUUAACAUCACUCGUCAAGCAGUCGAUCGUGGUGAUCCAGUGGACUUUAGCCGUUAUUCAUCGCCUAUCCAGUUAUGUGCAUUGCUGAAGCGGUAUUUACACGAUUUACCAGAGCCAUUGUUAACGUUCAAGUUGUAUGAUUUAUGGAUUACUUGUACUCGUAUGGAGAGUGAGACAAAAUGCAAAGCCGCGUUGCAUUUGACAUGUUGCAUGCUACCAAAGGCACACCGUGAUACGAUGCAAUUGCUCUUUCUUUUCCUUCGCUGGGUUGCCUCCUUGCAUGAUACUAAUCGCAUGGAUGUCAAGAACCUUGCUCGAGUCAUUGCACCCACCGUUUUUUAUGCUCCUUCAUCCAUCGCCGCUGCUACGAGCAAUAAUAAUUCCACUUGCAUGUCCCAAUCACUAACCAGUGAACGCCAACAAAUGGCUCGAAACGAAAUCAAAGUUGUCGAGAUGCUUAUUCUUUACCAGCAAGAGUUAUGCAAGGUACCUUCCCACCUUGCAUCCAUGGUGCAUGAUUCAAGUAUGGUGGAUCGGGUCACAUCCGCUUCCAUAUCACCCAAGCAAGCUAUUAAAAGUCUUGUUUCUAAUUUAUAA